AUGUCUUACCAGCAGCCGGGAUACGUGCCUCAACAGCACCAGCAGCAGGUCCAGCACCCGCACCAGCAGCAACAGCACUAUCCUCCUCCCCCACACGCCCCACAGCAGCAACCGCUGCAGCAGCCACCACCUCAACACCAGCAGCAGCACCAGCAGUUCGGCAACGUUGCUCAAGCGGGCGGGCAGCAUCUUCCGCAACAGCCCCCCGCGCCGACCGACAACGGCGCCUUCCACGGCGGCACCUACAGCAUCACCCACCGCGACACCAAUGCGGUGCUCGGCGUGACGCUCCAGCCCGGCGCUGUCGUGCGCUCCAAGUCUGGCGCCAUGAUCCACAUGGCGGGCAGCAUCCAGCUGACGGGCAAGGUCAAGUUCUCCAUGAAGAAGCUCCUGACGGGCAGCGACAUGGCCGAGUCGACGUAUGCGGGGCCCGGACGACUUGCGCUGGGUCCAACCCUCUUUGGCGACAUUAUCACGCUGCACCUCGAUGGACGCCAGUCCUGGACCAUUGGCAAAGACGCGUUCCUGGCCUGCACCGCCGACGUCAGCAAGGAGGCCAAGGCCCAGGGCCUCAGUAAGGCCUUGUUCUCCGGCGAAGACCUGUUUGUCUACCGUGUUGCGGGCCAGGGAAUCAUUUGGCUUACGAGUUUCGGCGCGGUGGACCGGCUCGACCUUCAACCCGGCGAGCAACACAUCGUCGACAAUGGUCAUCUUGUUGCUUGGAGCUGCGACUACAGGAUUGAGAAGGCGGGCGGCGGAACCAUGGGCAGCCUCAAGACGGGCGAGGGCCUGGUGUGCCGCUUCACUGGCCCCGGGUCCGUAUACGUGCAGACAAGGAACAGGGAUGAGUUCCAGGCUUUUAUCCGUGCCAGUGCCGGUGGUGGCUCUUGA